AUGUCUUAAUUACUUAAACAGGUAAUGAUUGAUGAAAGUGAUUACCUACAUGAAUUAAAUAGAUAUGAAUCAAAGUAAAUUUUAGGAAAAGGAGCAUUUGCAACAGUUAUUUCUGCUUUUGAUAAGGUUAUGAGAACCAAUGUUGCCAUUAAGGUAGUUGAAAAAAAUUUGUUCAAAAGUAAGGAAUAGGAGGAUGCUAUACGUCAGGAAGCAAUAACACUUUAAACUCUAUUCCAUCGAAAUAUAAUUAAGAUAUUGGGAGUAUAUUAAUUAUUCUAUAACUUAUCCUAAGUUUCUUGAGACAUAGCAAAAGUUCUACAUAGUUAUGAAUUAGGUAGAUGGUGUAACAUUAGAAAAUUAUAUACCUAAACUAUAGUAAAAUGAAGUGAUUCCAAUAACAAAACAGAUUUUAAAAGCUUUGAGUUAUUUACAUUAAAAAAACAUAGUUCACAGAGACAUAAAACCAGAGAAUAUUCUUAUAAGUAAGUCUGGAGGAGAAUUAGGAGUGAUUCUGAUCGAUUUUGGUUUAUCAACAUAAGUUAAUAGAAUAGAAGAUGGCUUAAUGAGUAAGAAUUGUGGGACAUUGUUGUACUAAGCACCUGAAUUGAUAAAGAAAGUUCAUUAUACAAGAGUAUAUAUAAAUAUAUAUGAGUUAAGUCAGUAGAUAUUUGGGCUUUAGGGAUAGUAGUUUAUAAUAUGUUACAUAAUGGAGAACAUCCAUUUUAUGAAAAUGGCGAUAGCAAGAUCAUAUAUGUUGAGAAAAUUAAAAAUUUUUCACUGAACCUUAAAAUGAAAGAAGAUUAAAAUGCAAAGAAUUUUUUAGAAAGAACAAUAGCAUAUUUACCAGAACAUCGUUUAACAGCUGAUUAAUGUUUAGAACAUCCUUGGAUUAUAGGCAAAGGCGAUAUAUCAAUACCAUUCACAUUGAAUGAAAUAAUUUAAUUUUAAGUCAAAAAAGAAUAAAAAAUAGCUAAGUUUAUUAAGAUGUUUGUCUUUCUGAAAUAUUUACAUAAAAGAUAAUAUGAUAUAUAGACAGAUGAAAUAAAUGAAGCUGGAUCUCCAAAUGAUAAUGUAUCAAUAAUAGGAUCAGAAAUUUCAAUGUCUUCAAAUAAAUUUAGAAUACGUCCAUUAAUGAUGAAAUCUUAGACUAGAUUUAAUAAAAAUGAUAGUUCUAAUAAUUCUUUUUUUGGAGAUAGUAGUAGAAAUACAACAGAUAUGAUACCUGAGACAAUAGUACAUGUAAACAAACCAAGUUUUGUAAAAAAAUAAUUAAGAAAAAGUAAUUCAAUGAAUCCUUAGGAGAUGAUGAAUAAAUUGAAAUUGGUAAAGAAUUAAAAUUGUUUAUAAAAGGUACAAUAAUUUGAUUAAAUGUAGGAAACAUAAUUGAAGAAUAGAAGAAUAAUGAAAAAUGUGAAUAAAAGUAGUUAUAAGUUGGUGACUGAACCUCAGAAUUAAUUGAAUACGAUAACAGAUUCACCAAUAGGGAAUAGAUUUCGAAAUUUUUAAAGAUCAAAUUUUUGUAAAAAACCUGCAUAAUUAUGA